GAUGGUCUCUGGGAUUUUUAUGCUGAUACUCAAAUUGGCAUUUUUGAGAAGUGCUGCAUCAGUUGUUCUAACCAGGUCAGGUCCUGUAGAAGGAAUUGUGGACACUCAUCACGGUACUUUAGUAGAUACGUUCCUUGGAAUUCCUUAUGCCACUCCUCCAGUUGGACAAUUACGUUUUAGAAGAACAGUUCCAGUCCAACCGUGGAUGGCGACUCUGAAAGCCGACAGCUAUGCUCCAGCCUGCGUCCAGUAUUUUCCUUACAAAUAUCCAUGGGUCGACAAGAUGCCUGGACAAAGCGAAGAUUGCUUGUAUUUAAACAUAUGGGCACCAAGAAGUGCUCACAGCACGACUAAAAAAGCUGUGAUGUUUUGGAUAUAUGGAGGUGGCUACUCGUCAGGAUCUAAUCGACUUGAUACAUAUGACGGGAGCGUUUUAGCAGCAAAAGGAGAUGUGAUUGUCGUCAAUAUUAAUUACCGGUUAGGGGUGUUUGGAUUUUUAUCAACACCAAGUGAGGAAGCACCAGGGAAUAUGGGAUUUUAUGACAUACUGGAAGCUCUUCGGUGGGUUAAGAGCAAUAUUCAGGCUUUUGGAGGGGACCCGGACAACAUCACACUUUUUGGCCAGAGUGGGGGAGCUAUGGUGUCAGGCCUUUUCUGCGUGUCCCCUCUCACUGUUGGCCUCUUCAGAAGGGUCAUCUUGGAAAGUGGUGCCCCGGCAAGACUCAUCGAUGACGCCAGUUACCUGGCGAAUCUACAGUUAGGUGUCCGACUCGCAGCAGAAAUGGGCUGUGCACCAAACAAUGCGUCUUUAGUGGAGAAUCCUGUUGGAAUAAUUCAAUGCUUGAGAAGUAAAGAUGCUAAUAUUCUAGCAUACGCCGCUGAUGCUUUGAAUAAUUUCUCAGUCCAAACUUUUAACUUCAUCUUUGGAGACGCUCUGCUACCAAUCAAUCCUAGAUUAGCUGUAAUUAAUUUACAGUUUCAGAAUGUCGAUGUGCUAAUUGGCAAUAAUCAAGACGAAGGUGCUUUUCAACUUCCUGUUUUCAUGCCAGAGCUUUUUGGUCCGUUUGGUGAAAGAAAUCCUCGCAUUAACAAAACUUUUGGAAGUGCCAUAAUUCCACUGUUUACCCCCGCUUUCCCUGCACCCGAAGCUGCUGUUCAGUGGUAUCUUGGAGGAUUACAGGAGUAUGACUACCAUCAUGUCCGUAGUCAAGUAUACCAUGCGUACGGAGAUUAUAGCAUAUUUUGCCCUGAUGUAUAUUUUGCAGAAAGCUAUGCGAGAAAAGGUAAUUCCGUAUAUUACUACUACUUCAACCAUCGGAGUUCUGUGACACCAUGGGCUCAUUGGAUGGGCGUGGUACAUGCAGACGAAAUUCCGUUUGUGUUUGGAAGACCGUUGGAUUGCGCAGACAAAGAUGAAGAGUCAUACCUUGGAAGACCGUUUGAUUCCGCAGGACAUGAUGAAGAGCCACUUUAUCUUGAAAGACCGUUUGAUUACAAAGGACAUGAUAAAGCAUUAGUCAGGGUUAGAAGGCCCUUGGAAUACGUAGAAUCUCAUAAAAAGUGUAAGAAUACACAAUAUCAGCAUUGUAGAGGACACUAUACAGCUUCUGAACAAAAACUAAGUAGGGAAAUGAUUUCGAUGUGGACCAACUUUGCAAAAUUUGGGAGACCAAGUCACGAGUGGCCCACUUUCUCACGAGAAAAACCUUAUGUAUUGACAUUCCAGCUAAAAGAAAACAGAAAAAGUUACCUACAACAACAUUUUGAAAACUGCGAGUUCUUCAGACCGUACUUUGGUUUUAACUAG